AUGAAGGGCAGUUGCGUAAUUGUCAUGAAGGACAUCGAGAGCAGUUGCGUAUCCAAGGGGUUCCAAUUCCUGGUUGACUCCGGUGAUAUCAACGAGACCAAUAACGUGAGAAGGUUAACUGAAGAAGACGAAGAAGAAGGGGAAUGCCAUGAAGAAAGAAUCCAGUUGAAGUCUGAAAUCAUUAACGAUCAAUCUGAAAGUCAGUUGCCUGAUUGCGGAGGAAACAGUCAGGGAGCACUUCCAUUGGACCUGCGCCGCAUAUCUCGGGCAGGUCCUCACCCUUGGAGAAAGUUCAGCUUCUCUUCAUCCACGCCUCCCAGUUCGGUUGACUUGGAAUGGGAACAUGAAGGUGGAGCGGCGGGCAGUCAGAGGCGCCUGAUGACGAGCACAAUGGAGGACGCGUCUGGACCGGGGACGGGGACGGGGACGGAGGGCAGUCCGGUGGACUCGCUUGAGUGGGACUCCUGUGAGGACAAGGCAUCGACCGCUUGCAUCGGCCUCGACCCGGACACCGAGCUGCUGCUGCAGGAGAUCGAGCGACUCACUGCCAAGGCGCUCAUCGAAACCGGACGCGAAUGGGCCGACAGAUAGUAUUAGUAAGACUUACAUCCUCCUUACAUAGUAUACUAUAAAAUGUCUUGUUUUAUUCGAUGACGGGAAUUUGGUCAGUAAUGUCCGCUUAACCAAGAUAGAUGGUUCAGUCGUUAAGAGAGACUAGUAUAGGUGCUACUAAGAUAUAGAUAGUUUGCUCAGUUGUGAAAAGAGGUCGGCUAGUGAAGAGGACACCAGAUUGACUGCCAGGCAUUUAUAGUGAGAUUCACCUACAAAGUCAGCACCUGAUUAAUAUUGGUGUAAUAUUAUGUUUGUAAUAUAAUGUCUGUCUUAAGACAAAGCAUAUAGCUUUAUCCUUUUCUAGCUCCGCACUUGAGUCAAACUUUAUAACGUUGAUUACACGCUAGUCUACCUACUAGUAAUUAUACUAGUACCGGUACUCUACCAGAAUAAUUAUUUACAAUAAUUAUGAAAACUUAACAAUUCAUGAAAACAUAUAUUUUGUUGAUGAAUAUUUGAAAUGGAAUUGAUCAUUAUAAACACGAAUAACAAAUAGUUAGUGUUAUAUCAGAUAUACCUGGCUGACUUUAAUCACAACUAUCCACUAUAGAAGGCGGUUAAAAAAGAGAAUUGGCUACCAUGCCGUCCUAUUAUUUCCACUGACUUCAUAACGUGAAUCUUUCUAUAGUGCAAAACAGAUUGCGCAUGCACAGUAGGGCUACUAUGCCGCUGCAAUUUCAACCUUCUCCUCGUGACUGAACCAUCAUAGUAAUUAUUGUCAUCUUGAUUGAAUAGUCAGUGAAUGCAAACAAGCAAUUGUGGUUGUACGAGUACUAUAUUUGCAGAUUAAAAUAUCAUUUCAUAAAUUACCAAAGCCAUCUCUAGUAGAAUGACGCAGCUUCUGAAAAUUGAGAAAAUUGUUCAGUCAGCCGGUCAGCCCUAGUAGAAAAAAUAAUACUAUCAGUUCAGGACUCAAGAACUCGAAUCAGGGCAUUUGGUUGUGAUAGUAACAGUUCAUCAUUAAUUUUCAAUGGAUUCGGAAAAUGUGGAGCUAUAUUAAUUGCAGCUUCACUAUGUUUUCACCCUAAUGAAGAGACAGCUCUGUUUACUAAGCUUAGUUUUAGCCGGUCAGCUGACCAAAAAUUAUUGUAAUUUUUGGAAGAGGGCUAUUUUGAUUAUGGGAUUUUUCAAAUCUAUUGAAAAUUGAUUAUGCUAUUGAUAUAAAAUUAUUAAAAUGAAAUUGUGGUUGUGUUAGAUAUGCAGAACAGGCUGAACUAAAAGUUAGUCUGAAAAGUCUGAUGGUAUUAAGCAUAGUUAUACUUAUAACGUUUUAAUCUUAUUUGAUUUAUUGGUCAAUAAUUUAUCAACUCCUCCCUUCUAUAAACGUAAGCUUUGUGCUGUUGAUUUUUAAAUGUUUUAGUGUUAAAAGUUUUUACUCUCCCUGCAUGCCCAAUAUUUCAAAGCUUCCGAAAUUUGCGAAUUUUAUACAACAUGUUGUUAACUUGAAAAUUUUAAUCUACAUUGGAUCAGAGUUAUUGAUGUUGAAAAUAAAGCAAAUAUCAAGUGAAUCAAUAUUCAGCGGUAAAUUCACUCAAACAAACUCAAUUCUCUGUUUGCAUUCUCUAACUUUUGGCUAUGAUGUUGUUAAUUAAAAAAACGUCCAUUUAUAGAGGUAUAUAUUUUUUCUUGAAGAAGUUGAACAGAGCAAAGCUCAAGUGAGUGGAAUAUCACAAUACAUAUUCUAUUUGAAGUCUAAAUAAUGACAGAAUAAAUUUUUAUAUAAUGUAAAUAGAACCUUUCUUAUUACAGAAAAUGUUAUUGUUUGAUAAAAUAAAAUAUUAGAAUCUUGAUUGAUGAAAUGGGAUUAUAUGUUCCAUAACAUUAUUACAUUACUUUCCUUUGACUUGAGACACCUUUUGAUGUGUAGGAUUUUUGUUCUGUUCACUACUGAAAAGUUUAACAGAAGCCAUAUAUACCUGAAAAUCGACAGAAUCUCCUAUUUUUAAUAAUUCAUUUUUCAAUAAAUCUAUAUUACUGGUGAACAAAAUAUAAUGAUUUACAAGUGAAUAGAAAAUAAUGUAAUAUAUUAUAAAAAUAUGGAAGUACACAAAACUAUUACGGUGUAGCUUAAUUGAAAAAUGACCAAUUCAUUUAAAAAAAUCAA